GAUGAAUUGCUCAAGGAAGAUGAAGCACGUUACGGGCAUCAAAUUCUGAAUGAAUUUAAGGGGUUUAAAGCCGAAGAAGCACUUCAACUCAGCAACUUAGAGACGAGACUUGUUGAGAUGGUUUGGCAAGACGAUAGUUCUAGGCUCGAAUCUUUGCUGAAGCAUACCUCCGAACAUGAACUGGAAUCUCCUCACUCAAAAGAUGAAGCCUUGGAUCCCAACGUUGCUGCUAGACUUCUUCAGCUAACAUGUAAGCUGGACUCAGUGAAAUGUGCCCAGGUUCUUAUCGAAGGAAAAACUGCAAUGAGCGUUAACAUCAAUGAAAUGGAUUGUUUUGGGCGCUCCCCACUCCAUACUGCUGCAGAGAUGCUCUCGGCAAAGUGCGUUGGUCUUCUGCUUCGAAAGCAUGCUCGUGCUGAUCUUAGAUCCAAUGAUGGUGAUGCACUUCUUCCUCUUGAGAUCUCCCUGGCCAGUCAAAGGAUGCAUAUCAGUUGGUCUCCCGAAGAAUCAGUUGAAAAACUCCUGGUUUCUCUUAAAGGCAUGGAUUUGACUGUUAUCAGGUUGUUGGCUGAGGCAACUAAAGAUCUUACCGAGUUGUUCUACAUGAUGGCUGUGGAUGGUCGAGUGGUAGAGCUGGCGUCUCUCCUUCUAGUGGCAGCAGAUAAACUUAGGGUAGCAGCAUCCAUCCACGGAAAAAACAAUAGUUUGAGUUCUGAAAAGAACAAAACUAUGUAUGAACUUGUCCUGGAAGAGUCCCUAAUUCUACUGGAAAUGGUGAAAGGAGGACAGUGUUGGAAUUCUCUUCACUGGAUACAUGAGAAGCGGCAAGCACUACUCUGUCAGAUUAAGCUGCUUCACUUGUUUGGAUUUGCUUCCACUAUUAAUUGGGGGAACAAGAAAGAUUUUGCACCUCUGCUACGUGCAUUUCAGGCUGGAGAUGAAUUGUUAUCGGAAGUACUUAUCAGGAAAAGUUUGGAUGCUAAUGACAUUAAUGAAGAUGGGAACUCAUCCCUCCAUUUAUAUCUCAAGGGAGAUACCAGUUCUCAAGACCCCAGAAUCCUCCGGUCCUUGCUGAAGUGUGGUGCUAGAUUAUAUCAGCACAACAAAUUAGGCCUCACACCAAUUCAUCUGGCUUCACUCAAAGGAAAUUACGAAUCUCUUCAGAUACUGCUACUUCAUGCUCCAGAGUAUGUGGAUAUCCUUUCUGUGACAAAUGAGACGCCAUUGUUUUUUGCAGUGAAAGGUAAUUCUGCAAAUUGUGUGAAACUGCUUCUGCAGUUCGGUGCAAAUAGGGAUGCCCUUAAUCUCCGCAAGCAGAGACCAAUAGACCUGGCACCAUCUGAAGAAAUGCGUGUCAUUCUUAGAACAGUAUAUCCAAAAACCUUGGGCAGAAAUAAUCCCUCUCGGGAAGAUGAUGCCACCUACAUUUUUGAUGAAGAGCUCUGUGCAAGCAUGUUCCAAGGAUUUCUGGAACUGAAAGCUGAUAAUGCCAAACUGUACAACAAAAGUAAUUGCAAGGAAAUGGAUACCAAAAUCGGUAUUUGCCGCUACUUCCAUUCUCCGAAUGGAUGUGGAAGAGGUAGCAAAUGUUAUUAUUCCCAUGGAGAGGAAGCACCUAGACUAGAGAAGAACAGGUUGUUGGAAGUCAAAGCUAAGCUUCUCAGGUCUAAUAAGGAUCCUGCGAAUUUCAAUGAUGAACUGCAACUGAAAAUCUUUGUUGGGGGACUUCCUCCUUCAGUUGAUUCAGAUGAUCUGAAGAAGUUCUUUGAGGAGGAGUUUGGACCUGUGGAUGAUGCGUUAGUCGUCGGUACCAGAGUGGGCAAUCGUGUGAUAUCCAAAGGUUUUGGUUUUCUCACAUUCAAGCAAGAAGAUACCACGAAAAUGGCUGUCAAGGCUCAUUUUGUGACUCUUUAUGGUAAGACGAUUGAGAUCAAAAGUGCUCUCCCGAGAUGCCAUCUGGAGAAUUCGACUUCUCUCUCUGAUCGGGAACUCUUCAAAGAAGACGAACCGGAUGAGGCUAAUAGCAGGAUGCCUUGUUGCGGAGACUCCAUUAGUCAGCAAGUAGUCGGCGAACAUCCUCCAUGGUUAAUCAGGUUCAAGAAGUGGUUUCCAGCCUACCUGAACAAAACAUGCAGAAGGCUCGGUGACGGAGAAUGGUAUCCUCUUUCAUCCUUGAAAGGAGAUUUUCGAGCCACAUGUGGGAUGGAACUUGAUCACGAGUCUAUCGGAUACCUGAAAUUGAGCGACUUUCUUCGCUCACUCCCCGGGAUCUGUAAGUUGCAGGUGAUUUCAACGGGAAAUGGUUCCCCUACCCACAUGGUUCUCCGACCUUUAUGUUCAUUGACUUGCAACCAGCCGCAGCAGCCAAAACUU